AUGUCAUCAAGUAGUUCCAAUGCUGUCAAUGCUGCACUCGCGGCUGGAAUUGCUGCUCUGGCAGCAGCAGCAGCCACCCAGACUGAUAUACAAAACGCCGCUUUGCGAGCCAAUCCUUUGCCGUCCCGAAGAAAUGAAACGCGUGCCGUCCUCAAGAAACUCACAGAAUUGACACUCCAACUUUCCCUAAUGGAUUUGGAUUUGGAUCAAAAUGUAGUUGAAGCUGACCCACUAAUCACUUUCACCCCUCCAACUAUCCCUACGCCAGUAAUGCAAGCACGCUCACCCGCCUUUGAACGCCCAUACCAGAUACGUCAAUUUCGACCUCCAUUCGACGUCUCAAUUCAUUCAGUCAGCGGCCCCGUUCCACCCGAACGCGGAGGUACACAAUGGACGCCUGCACGCAGCAACGCCUCACAUGACGAAAUAGCUGCUGCCGAGAACUGGGAGAAGCGAAAGCAGAUCCUCUAUCACUUCUACGCCUAUAAUUAUUUCGACACCCUUGCCGAUUUUCCUGCGGCGGAAAUUGCACUUAGAAAUGCGUCUUCAGCUCGACCCGAUCCGAAGAUCCAACCACGUCCGCAUUCUAAGAAAGCCAGUUUGGAUCUGCUCAAUCUCACAGAUUCUGAUUUCAAUUUCUUGAAUCAUACUUCAGAACGGAUGGCCAAUAUCGCGCAUGAUACACACUACAGGCUUGCUAACUACCUGAAGCACAUGCGUAGCGAACUCAUUGAGCCCACCACAAAUCCAUCUAUCAAUCUGAUUAUCCCAUCUACCAACCAUCGUGAGGAUUUGUUAUUCAAAAUCUUCGAGUACAAUAAAGAUCGUCAUCCACGCGCAAGAUUAAUGAUGCGAUUUUUGACGGAUGCGGAUGUGAAGUUUCUGGAUAGUUUGAAUACAUGGUUGAUGCCACGAGGGAGCGAUGGACGGGUCGGAAGUACAGAGAGAAUAAUAUCUGGAGUUUCUGAUUUUGCGGAGGAGCGUGCUCGCAGCGAUAGAUCGAAUAGCCAGUUCGAUGAGAAAGUUGAAGAGUGUUUGCGUUUGCAUAGAUGCUCCGAAAAACCUACGCAUACUGUUUAUCGUGGUCUUCCGCGUUUCGAGGAGGUUUAG